AUGUCGAAAGAUACCAACGAUAUGGCUUCCCAGCUCUCAGAUAAAAUACAAGAACAUUUUCUGGAGUGUAAGAUCUGUUUUGAGGUGUACAGGACACCGCGCACCCUGGUCUGUCUUCACUCUUUCUGUGAGCCAUGUCUGGAGAAGCUGCUCGAUAAGGCGACUGGCACGGUGACUUGCCCCGACUGCCGGACGGUCAGUGACCUUAAGGGCAGUGUCAGUAACGCCAAGGCCAGUUUUUUCAUCAACAGUCUCCUGGACCUUUUACAUUCCAAAACAGCCAAAGAGACCUUCUGUUCGGUGUGUCUGGCUUUGGGGAAGAACAAUGUGGCAGCGUCGUCCCGCUGUUUGGACUGUGCUGAUUUCCUGUGCCUGGCCUGCGCCGAGGUGCACUGUCUCUCCAAACUAACUCUGGAUCAUAGGGUGGUGAGCCUCACCGAUUACUCUGCAGGCCUCCAUGAUGAGGAGGCCAGGCUUAAGCAGGAGCACCACUGCCAGAGCCAUCGGGAACCACUGAGGUUCUUCUGCAAUACCUGCUGCAGCUCCAUCUGCAGGGACUGCCGCAUGCUGGGGCACUUCUCACAUGAAGUGCAAUCACUGGACCAGGCGGCCUUAGCCCGGAGACCCCAUUUGGAGCAGCUCAUUAGCAGCCUGGACAGUAACAUAGCGAGUCUUAGCCAAAAAGAGCAGGAGGUGGAUUCUGCAAUUCAGCGGCUGGAGGAGGACAAGGAGAUGAUUGAAGACCAGCUGUCUGGAUAUGUGUCUGAAAUAAUAGAGCAGCUUUUUGCACAGAAGAGUGCAGUAUCUGAACAAUUAAGCAUCUUUGUUGAGCAGCAAAAACAGAAAUGCUUGUCCAUCAAAGAAGAUGUCCAUCAUCUGGUCAGCUCAGCACAUAAUACAAAAGAAUUCUCCACACAGGUCUUGCAGAAGGGGAAAGACUACGAGGUCUUGGAUCUGGAAGGGGCCAUUCAGGGUCAAAUUGAGAGACUCCAAAAAAUCAACAUUCCUGAAAUAGAGACUCAAACACCAAAACUGACAAUCAGUGGAGGAUCUGAAAGUUUUUGCAUCCAAACUGAGAUAUUCAAAUUGAGAUUUGAUUCAGCCUGCAAUUCUUUGGAAAAUUCAACAGCAGGUACCACCAACACUAGCUCAGAGAUGAAGUUAUCUGCUGAAAUGACUGUUGAAAAAAGCCCUGAGAACCCUACUGUUCCUCAAACAGCUGAACAAAAUGAGCCAACAUCCUUUACCCUUGUACCACACCAAGCUUAUGGUCAGAAUCUCCCAACCUAUUUUUCUGCGAUACGGUCUUUUGAUGUAAGCGAUGAUUCCUAUUCAAAUGAAGAGAACAUAACUGGAAUAGCUUUGCUCCCAAGCCGAGACAUUGUCAUCGCCGAUAAUGCCAACAACAUAAUAAAGCGAGUGAUCAGAACUGGAAAAAUCAGGGAAACAAUCAGUACAGACUACAGAGGCUGGAAUGACCUUGACCCCUUCAGCAUUGUGAUUUGUGAUAACACCAUAUUCUUCACUUCGGGAUCUAGACUUUUUAAAAUCCCACCUAGUGAAGACGAUGACUUCAUCCAGGUUUGCAAUUUACGCGGCUCCCAUGACAAGUAUUGCAUUGCUGCCUAUGAAGAUGAAUAUAUAGCAGUGAGCGAAGGGAUGAGCUGUUGUCUGUCCCUUUACACCACUGAAGGCAUUUUAGUUGGUAGAGUAUCACCAACUUUCUACGAGGGAAAGUUCACCUUCUUUACAGUGAACAGCAGGGAAGAGUUCAUCGUCUCUGAUACGAAAAACAAGAGGGUCCUCAUUAUCAGUCGUGAAGGAAUCAUCAUGCACACCUGCAGUGAUGUGGACGGCUCCCUGUUUAAUCCUACAAGUGUCUGUGUUGACAAGUUUGACAAUAUUUACGUUCUCAGUGGCAAAAGGAUCAUCCUGCUGUCACCUUUAGGAUCCUUUGAGCGUGAGGUUCUGAACUUCACGUCUUACACGCCAAAGCUAUUGGCCGCUGACAAACACGGACAUCUGAUCAUCGUCAGCAGGAAAGGGGCCGUCAGGCUUUAUAGAGUAUUCUAUGGAAAAAAUUAAAAAAGCAACUAAUUCAUUCAACUGAUUUUUUUCUCUCAACUUUCAUCCUCUGAUGUCAUUGAGCUUGUAUUACAGAUUGAUGAAGAAAAGAACUUGUGCUCUUGGACAGUUGUGAGACAAUUUUUCGUUAUAGUCUCUACAUAUAUAUCUCAAUUUUGGUAUGUUAAUAUUUUUCAAACAGUAUUACUGUAUUAUAAUUAAACAUUUAAAAAGUUA